AUUAUCUUCCUUUCUCAAAACUCUUAAAAUCAUGAUUCCAGUUUCAGUAAAUUAUGUGUUUUUCAUUCAAAACACAAAAAUGAAAGAUCAUACCUUUCAUCAUCUGCUCAUCAUCUUCUUCUUCUUCCCCUUCAUACUUUUGGUGGUGUCUGAAUUAGACCCUAACCAGAGAACCGCCAUUAUCAAUCUUUACAAUCUUCUCCAAAACAACACAACCUCAUCAUCUUCUUCACUGUCAUGGAACAUCACAGAAGACCCAAAUCCCUGUGUAUGGGAAGGAAUUCAAUGUAAUUCCAACGCAUCAUCUUCCUCCAUCAUCCAAAUCUCUCUCGAUUCCCUCUCCCUAUCUACUCUUACCAUCUUCCCCAUUCUCUGCAACAUAGAUACUUUAGAAUCUCUCAAUGUUUCCAACAAUCAGUUUAACUCGAUCCCAGAUGGGUUCAUGUCUGCCUGCGGGAAUUUAACUGGGUUGAAAAGAUUGGACUUCAGCAGGAACAGAGUUUCUGGUAACUUCCCUGAUUUCAGAGGAUUUCCGGCGUUGGAAUUCUUGGAUUUAUCUUUUAAUUUCUUGACUGGACCCAUUGAUUCUCAGUUAGCCGGGUUGAAUAAUCUCAGGAGCUUGAAUCUCAGCUACAACCGCUUGAAAGGUUUGAUUCCUACCCAGAUUAGCAAAUCUCUUGAGCAUCUUCAGCUCUUUGCAAAUUUGUUUAGCGGUGAGAUUCCCCACGCUAUUUCCGAUCAUACUAACUUAGUUUUGAUCGAUCUUGCCGUGAAUGAUCUUUCCGGCUCUAUUCCGGCCAAUUUCUCCGGCCUCUCCAAAUUGGAGAUUCUUAUUCUAUCUGAUAAUAACUUGACCGGCGAAAUCCCGCCUUCAAUUUCCAACCUCCGGUCUUUAUCACGGUUCGCCGCUAAUCAGAACAGAAUUUCUGGGUCGAUUCCAUCUGGGAUUACCCGUUUCGUUAAGAAUUUAGACCUCAGCUAUAAUAAACUUACUGGGUUGCUCCCCGACGAUCUUUUAUCGUACCCGAAUUUGCAAUAUUUGGAUUUAUCUUAUAACACUCUCCAAGGACCAUUACCGACAAAUGUCUCGAACCAAAUAGUUAGAUUGAGAUUGGGAAAUAAUUUAUUUAAUGGGAAGAUCCCGUCUUGGAAUUUUGAGAACCUGGUAAAUUUGACGUAUUUGGAGCUCGAUGGUAAUCGACUAACGGGUUCUAUUCCUCCUGGGUUAGGCUUAUGCAGGAGCCUCGCUCUCUUGAAUCUAGCAAGAAACGAGCUUUCAGGUUCUUUGCCUUUUCAAUUGGGCGGUCUCGGAAAUCUUCAAGAAUUAAAGCUUCAGGACAACGGUAUUGUCGGAGAAAUUCCUAUUCAAAUAACGGAAUUGCCCGGGUUGAGGAAACUGAACAUCAGCUGCAAUUUUCUUAACGGGUCGAUACCAUCUUCAAUUUCGAGUCUGUUGAGUCUGACGAACUUAGACCUCCGAGAAAACGGUCUGUCCGGUUUGAUACCGGAUUCCAUCGCGAAAUUGAAUUCUCUAUUGGAGCUUCAGCUAGGAAGGAAUCGAUUAACCGGGAAAAUCCCACAGCUGCCGCAGAAUUUGCAGAUCGCGCUUAAUUUAAGCGCGAAUCUAUUCGAUGGGGAGAUUCCAUUCACCAUUUAUCGGCUUAUCAAUUUGGAAGUUCUCGAUCUUUCUAAUAACAGAUUCUCUGGUGAAAUUCCUGACUCGAUAACCGGAAUGAUUAGCUUAACACAGUUGAUUCUUUCCAACAAUCGUCUAACCGGAGUUCUCCCGUCGUUCCGACAACAUAUUAACAUCGAUACAACAGGAAACAGCAUAAUAACAAGAACACCCGACUCCUCCUAUCCUCGUUUCCAUAAAAAGAAGAAUAUUUCGAUCGGAAUUGCUGUCGGGUUGGUUGCGGCUGUGGUGGCGAUUGCUUCAGUAUUCCUAAUAGCCGUAUCGAUCGUCUCCAAGCGGGUUAAGAGGAUUAAGGAUGAUAAUACGUCAUGUGAUGAGGAGAAUAAUGAUAACAAUGCUUCUCAAAUUAUACUGACUUCUUCAAAUGGCGUUCAUAGAAGCACAAUCGAUUUCGACACAGCCAUGGAAGCGAUACUCAACCCGGCUAACCUUGUCACGAGAACGAGAUUCUCAACCUACUACAAAGCAGUUAUGCCUUCCGGGAUAACCUAUUUCGUGAAGAAACUUAACUGGAGCGACAAGAUUUUCCAAUUGGGUAGCCAUGAGAAGUUCGACCAAGAGUUGGAGAUUUUCGGAAGGAUAAGCAAUUCGAACAUAAUGACACCUCUAGCCUACGUCUUGAUGGCCGACAGUGCUUAUGUUUUCUAUGAAUAUGCCGAAAAGGGUACCCUUUUCGAUGUUAUGCAUGGAGUUUCAAAAGAAGAGUUGGAUUGGGGAAGCCGUUAUAGCAUAGCCAUCGGAGUGGCUCAGGGCUUGUCUUAUCUUCACGGGUGUUGCCCUACUGGUCCGGUUCUCCUCCUUGAUCUUUCGAGCAAAACGAUUAUGUUGAGGUCCUUGAAGGAGCCGCAAGUGGGUGAUAUCGAGCUUUGUAAAGUUAUCGAUCCUUCGAAAAGCACGGGUAGUCUUUCAAUGGUUGCUGGAUCGGUUGGCUACAUUCCUCCUGAAUACGCAUACACAAUGAGGAUAACAAUGGCGGGGAACAUCUACAGUUUCGGGGUGAUUCUAUUGGAGCUUGUGACAGGGAAGCCUGCGGUUAUGGAUGGGGUUGAAUUGGCUAAGUUGGCGAUAAACAAUUCCAUGAAUAGAGAUAAGUUGGAGAGGUUACUUGAUAUCACAGCUAGCCAGACCUCUGUUGCUGUGAAGAAUCAGAUGCUUGCGGUUCUCAAGAUUGGUCUCGAUUGUGUUAACGUUUCCCCGAAAGCCAGGCCAAAGGCCAAGAGCAUUCUGAGAAUGCUUCUCAACGCAAGAUAAGAAGAAAAGGAUUGAAUACCCAUCUCAACUCUUAAAAUAUUUGCAAACAGAGUUUUUUAUUUUUGUCAUAUACUACACUGCAAUAAAAAAAGCAUGUAUAAUUCUUGUGAAUAUCCAACUUCGAAAAGCUAUUCAUUUAGCAAACACAACAGAAAUGGAUGGAAAUUGAAUAAUGGAAAAUAUCGGCGACUCCUUCA